GAGUGGGGGGGAGAGGUAAAUGGAACGCGAAAGAGGGGGAGAAAACAUGAACGUUCCUUCCGGUUGGAGCGUUGAGCCCUGCACGGCAAAAGAUGAAUGGAGGCCGCGUGAAAGAAGUUCCUUGGCAUUGGGCUACUAAUGCCCCUACCUCUAAUUACUGGUCACCUUGCACAUAUCCUGUAAUCUCGAACGGCGCACUGGGAUGCUUUGGAAGGCAAGGCUGACGGUUGGCCAUUAACCUUGGUGCCGAAUGGCGAUGGAAGAGGGAGCCCUGUUGGAUUUGGCCCCCACAAUCCAGGCCAGACCAAAGCCAGAGGUGACCUUGGAUGAAGGCGUGGAGGAGCAGGAAGAAGGGGAGACAGAUGUGCCAGCUGAGGAGGAGAUGGUGGGAUGGGAGGACGCCUGGGGGGAGACCACAGAUGCCGGAGCAGGAGUGAAGAGCAGCGAACGUACUGGAGGCUUCCCGGCUGGAGGUACCAGGGCUUUUCUGAUGAGCUCCCCGAGAGACUUCGGUAAAGAGUUGGGCCUGGGCGUUCCCAACUCUGAGGAGAGCCGGUGGAAAGACUUUCUUAAGACAGUGGAGGCUCCCGGACUCAGCUGCUCAAGCCUACAAGAACUGAGCUCCUCCCUCCACAAUACUUCUGCCACACUUCCAGCCUCCGUCAAGGUGAAGGCCGAAGGCACCCAGUUCACAGUAGAACGGGAGACCCAAACCCAGCCUGGUUUCAGUGGGGAAUCCCAAGAGCCCCACCGAAACCCGAAACCCUCCGAGCCGCCGAAAGAGGAGCUUCCAGAGGCGGACACGGUCGUUUCGGAGAUCCAGCGCCAGCACUUCCGCCAGUUCCGCUACCGGGAGGCCGCGGGUCCCCGGGAGGCUUGCAGCCGCCUCUGGUUCCUCUGCUGCCGGUGGCUGAAGCCGGAGAGGCACACCAAGGAGCAGAUCCUGGAGCUGCUGAUCCUGGAGCAGUUCCUGGCCAUCCUGCCCUCCGACCUCCAGAGCUGGGUGGUGGAGGGUUGCCCCCAAACCUGUGCCCAGGCAGUGGCUCUAGCCGAGGGCUUCCAGCAGAAGGAAUGGGUACCGGAGACUUUGGAUGAGCAGGUGUCGGGGAGAGAGCCAACCCUGAAUUUUUCUGGGACUGAGCAGGAGUCCUUGGACUGUCAAUGGGGAGAUGACAAUGGAGUUUCCAACAUCCGCGGUGAAUCUUUGAGGCGUACCGGUAAAGCCACUGAUCUACCAGACGUCGCAGGAGAAAGCACCAACGGGGUAGUGACGGGGAACUUGGAGCUGAAGGAUUCCCCGAAUGGCGAGCUGCAAAAUGUUCCCAGAAUUUGGCAGGGAUUUGAAGGGGAAGCAGAGAAGAACAUCGGGAAGGCCGUUUGUUGCAAAGGAAUUGAGCUCAUCGGAGAAAGCACAAAUCCGAAGAAAGUCUGUCGAGUGAACAGUGAGGCUGUCGGAGUAGCCGACGAUAACGCAGAUAUCAUCGAAUUUCAGGUCACCCACACAGGGAACAUGCCUUAUAAAUGUCCGGAUUGUGGGAAGAGUUUUAAUUACAGCACCAGCUUGGUCAGACACCAGAGAAUCCAUACCGGAGAAAAACCAUACAAAUGUUUGGAUUGUGGCAAAUGUUUCUGCCAGAGCUCGGGCCUCACAAUUCACCAGAGGAUCCACGCAGGGGAGAAGGCCUACCAGUGCUUGGAUUGCGGGAAGAGUUUCCGCGUGAAGUCGCACUUAAUCAGGCAUUCCAUCAUCCACAAAGGAGAGAAGCCGUACAAGUGCCCGGAAUGCGGCGUCAGCUUCUGCGAACGAUCGGAGCUUCGGAUACACCAGAGGAUCCACACGGGAGAAAAACCCUAUCACUGUGCUGACUGCGGGAAAAACUUUUGCCGGAAAGCGGAUCUGACGCUCCAUCAGAGAAUCCACACGGGGGAAAUGCCUUACACGUGCUUGGAAUGCGGGAAAGGGUUUCGCUGGAGCUCCAAUCUCAUCACGCACCGGAAAACCCACACUGGCGUGAAGCCGUUCGAAUGCGCCGAGUGCGGGAAGAGUUACUACUCCAACAUGAGCCUCGUCCGACAUCAGCGGGUCCAUACCGGAGGCACCCCGUACAUCUGUUCGGACUGCGGGAAAAGUUUCUGCGACAGCACCAGCCUCACCCGGCACCAGAAGAUCCACACGGGGGAAAAACCAUACGCCUGUCUGGAGUGUGGGAAAAGCUUCAACCGUAACUCCAACCUCAUUUCCCACCAGAGGACUCACACGGGGGCCAAGCCGUUCCUGUGUACUGACUGUGGGAAGAACUUCCGGUCGAAAUCGGAACUUCACCGGCAUUACACAGUUCACGCAGGAGAGAAAAAUGUCAACAUUUUGAUGGGGGACACUCAGGAGGAUCCUGCUCACGAGAAAACAACCAGUGAACUGGGACUCAGGAAUGAAUAGAGGCAGGAGGGCAGGAGCGCGUGGCAAAGGAAAAGUAGACCAUCCAGAACAAUUGAGAUUUUCAAUAAUUCUUGGAAAUCAUCCAGUUUGGGCCAUAAAGCAUUUGGUGGUGCCAUCCACCCCUUUGUAGAACUGUUGAUCAUCCUUACGGCUGAUUUUCUUCCUUGUUUUUCUUCCCUUACAACGGGGGUCUCCAAACUUGGCAACUUUUAAGACUUGUGGAUUUCAAUUCCCAGAUUUCUGCAGCCAGCUGUGGACGUUGAAGCCCACAAGUUGAAUUCUUUGUUGUUGAGGUCCACAGGUUGAUUUGUGGGAAUUGAAGUCCUCAAACCAGAUUUGCUGGCUAGGGAAUUCUGGGAGUUGAAGUCCACAAGUGGA